GUUUUACUACAGUAAUCUAAAGGUUAAUAAAUAGGAACGGUUUUGAAUUUUUGUCAAAUGUCAUCUCAUUCCGCAUCUACUAUAGAAACAAAUAGACUGGCAGUUAGUUGCCAUACAUCAGCCCAGAAUCCUGUACGUUGUGCACGCCGAGGUGCAUUAAGAGAGAAAAAUGUUUCUCAUGUUAAAGGCCAUGAGUUUGCUGCUCGUUUUCUGAAGCAAUUCACUUUUUGCGGUCAUUGCAAAGACUUCAUAUGGGGAUUAGGGAUUCAAGGCGUUCAGUGCAAAGCUUGUUUGUUUACUGUUCACAAAAGGUGCUACCAACUGGUUACUUUCCAGUGCCCUGGUGCAGAUACUGGGCCAGAUACUGACUUUGAAAAGAAACAUGAUUUCGUGCUGUAUUCCUAUACUAGCCCUACAUUUUGUGAUCACUGUGGUUCCCUCCUCUACGGAUUGAUUCACCAAGGUUAUAAGUGUAAAAACUGUGAUCUGAAUGUUCACAAGCGAUGUACUUCUCGUGCCCCACGGCUAUGCGGUAUGGACCAUACUGAAAGAAGAGGCCGAUUGAAAGUUUCAAUCACUGCUCAACCGGGAAGACUCAAAGUUGAAAUUUUUGAGGCGAAAAAUCUUGUCCCUAUGGACCCAAAUGGUUUAGCAGAUCCAUAUGUGAAAAUCAAACUUCUACCGAGUGAUGAAAGUGGUAGAUCCAAGCUUAAGACGAAACUCUGUCGGUCUACACUGAAUCCUGUAUGGAAUGAAACAUUUUACGUUGGGAUAUCAAAUGAAGAUCAUUCCAAACGUCUUUCAAUCGAAGUUUGGGAUUGGGAUCGUACUUCAAGAAAUGAUUUUAUGGGUUCAUUUUCCUUUGGUGUCAGUGAGAUCAUUAAAGAACCUGUAUCUUCAUGGUAUAAGCUGUUAAACCAAGAGGAAGGAGAAUUCUAUUCCCUUCCAUGUAUCGAUGAAGCCGGCACAGCUGUAUUGGAAUUACGUAAACGUAUGGAGCGCAUGUCUACAGAACACUUAAAUUUGGCUAACAAUCGGAACAGAAUUUCUCAUGCAUCUAUGACCUCACAGCACAAGCCUGAUAUUCCUAGACCAAGUGACUUCAAUUUUCUGGUUGUCUUGGGAAAAGGCAGUUUUGGAAAGGUUGUUCUGGCUGAGCAAAAGCACAUGGAUGAGCUCUUUGCUGUGAAAAUCCUGAAAAAAGACGUUAUUCUGCAGGAUGAUGACGUUGAAUGUGCCAUGACAGAGCGUAGAGUACUUGCACUACCCAACAAAUCCCCUUUUCUUGUACGCCUACAUUCAUGUUUCCAGUCUAUGGAUCGGUUGUACCUUGUAAUGGAAUAUGUGAAUGGUGGAGAUCUUAUGCAUCGUAUUCAGCAAGAGGGGAAAUUUAAAGAACCUGUUGCUGUAUUUUAUUCAGCCGAGAUUGCAUUGGGUUUAUUCUACUUACACAAUCAUGGAAUAAUAUAUAGGGAUCUUAAACUAGAUAAUAUUCUGUUGGACAGUGAAGGUCACAUAAAAAUAGCUGAUUUUGGCAUGUGUAAAGAGGGCAUAUUUGAUGACAAAAAGACUCGUACAUUUUGUGGUACUCCUGAUUAUAUUGCACCUGAAAUUGUCGCUUAUGAAAUGUACGGUAAAUCGGUCGAUUGGUGGUCGUUCGGCGUACUGAUCUAUGAGAUGCUUGCCGGUUUGCCACCGUUCGAUGGUGAAGAUGAGGAGGAAUUAUUUCGAAAUAUUGCAUCACAAGAUGUCACUUACCCCCGACAUAUGUCAAGAGAAGCUUGUAUGCUUUGCCGUGGUCUACUUGUACGCAAUCCUAAAGAAAGACUUGGGUGUGGGCCAAAUGGAGAACGAGAUAUACGGGAACACCAGUUUUAUCGCCGUAUCGACUGGCAUAAACUGUCCAACUUGGAGAUUCAACCACCGUUUAAACCUCGCAUUAAGAACAAACGAGAUGUGACAAAUUUUGAUGCUGAGUUUACCAAAGAAGCGCCUAAAUUAACACCAACAGACAAAUUAUUUAUCAUGAAUUUGGAUCAGACUGAAUUUGCUGGAUUCUCUUAUGUGAAUCCGGAAUACGUACUAGAAGUAUAACUACAGAUUAUAUCAGCAUAAACUCAGAUUCUCCAGCAUAUGUAAACUUCUGUUUUGAUAAGUUCUAAUUGUAAUCGAGAUAAUCAGUUGAGAAAUUCACAACUAUGAAAAGUAAAUGAGCGCUUAGAAAAUUUUAUUAUUUAUCAAGUACUCAUCAGUAAAUAAAUUUAAAUACUAGUCACAAUAAACGAGCUGACAAUCUUUCUAUUCACCAGUACUUUAUACUUUCCUGAUUUUCUUCCUCAACUUUUUCUACUCAAAAUGAUACUGCUAGUUUUACUUUUGUAUAAAAACCAAUAAACAGUUCCGUUGUUACCUAAGAAUUGAUGAGGCUGAAUUGUCUAUUUCCAGUCCAACCGCAUAAUUGAUCAACUUAAAUUCGGUUUAUUUUUUCAUAUAUCAAUUAAACAAUUAUUUACUUUGAUACAGUCGGGCUUUCGAUGAUAAUUGUUUUACUCCUUGAAUAUGUAUUACUUUUGUUGUUGUCUCCGAUAUGACUGCCUUUCCAUAAACACAUGCACACAAACUCAUCUGUCUAGCUUUUUACUCAGUUGAUUUGUUUUCUAUAAUUAUUUUUUGUUUGUUUUGUUUCACGAAUCAGUCUGUUUACGCUUGUUCUGCACUAGCUAAAGAGAAUAUUUCUUAUAUCUAUGCUAGCUUCUUUGCUAUUAUUCACUUGUCCGCAAUAAUAUUUAUUCCAACGUAUCUUGACCUUUUGCAUAUGUGUAUUUGUUGCAAUGACAACAUCCCCUCUCCCACUUUUAUAUUUCCUAUUUCUGUCUAGGUUCACAAUAAGAUUUUGUACCUCAAUGUAUUAAAAUCUAAACAUAUGUGUGUAUAUUAUGCUUUAGUCUGUGUUUUUGUCCUACUCCUCUUUCGUGCUAUAUAUAUAUAUAUAUAUAUAUAUAUAUUAUUCGACAGAUUUUUGUUUCCUCUUUUAUUAGUUCCAUGCAGUGUUGUCUUAUUCAAGCGUACUAAUUAACUUUACUCCAUUUUUAUGUAGCAUGCUGACAUUUACAGAAACAAAUAAAUGCCAUACCAGUCCAAUAUUGAAUCAAGUACUUUCUAGUUUGAUUCGCUGUGACAUUUGAAGGGGCAUCAAUCAAUCCAUAUUGUGUUUUUUUUUACAGAAGUUCAGUAGCACUGAAAGUCUUUACUUCUGCAUUUAUUUACGUGUGUUAUUUUAAUUAAAAUGCAUACCAUGAGCUUUUGGAGAAUGCCGAGUCGUUUGAUCAGUUCUAAUUUGUUGAUGAAACUGACUGUGUACACCUAUAGUAUGUCAAGAUGUAUAUGUAAUGGGACUUUUAUGAAUACAUUUUAUAGGCUUGUUAAUUUUUAUCAAAUAUUGCAUUUAUUCAAACAUUCACAUUGAAUUAUGAUGAUAUGCAUUGCUUUAUCGAGCAUAUAUUGACUGAUGAGUAAUUUUCUUUUGAUGAUGUUACUGUUUAUUUUGAAACAAAUAAAUAUGUGUUAAUUGUGUAC